AUGAAGGUUGAUGCGGACGGGAAUGGUGAGAUUGAUUUCGAAGAAUUUUGUUCUUGCAUGAAAAAAUCGCAGAAUAUUGUCAAGUCUACAAAUGAGGAGUUGAUUCGUGAAUGUUUUGAUGUAUUCGAUCAAGAUCAUAAUGGUAUCAUUACGGAGAGCGAAUUUAAGUACAUUGCUAAGGAAUUUGGAAACUAUUCUGAAGAACUUGCUCAGAAGGUCUUCCGUGAACUCGACGUGUGCUCCAUUGGGCAUCUAUCUGCUGAUCAAUUCGCUACUAUUGUAGAAGACUAUCUUCUCUCAGACACCAGUAGAACUGAAGCCGACGAAACAGUUUCUCCAGCAGGUUAG